AAUAAUUUGAACAGUACUCGCCAUCGACAGAAUGAGAGGAAAAGAAAACGGAUUACAAAUAUUUUUAUGAUACAGAACGAUUUCUGUCAUUAAAAUGAACAAGUAAUAUUUGCUUACAAACUAGUCAAGUAGUGACAGCCAGUCAUAUUCGCAUGUGAAUACAUGAUAUGAAAUAUUCAUUUAAUUUUUUCUAUACUAACAUAUAUAUAUGUAUAUCACGCAAUAAUAAACAAUACGUUAGUCAAAAUAAAUAAAGCAGAAAAAAAACAGCAUAUACAUACAACAACAAUAUUUGUCUAGAAGUUAUGGCUACUCAUGAAAACUAUGAAGUGUCUAUUGAACGUGAUGUUACAGAAGAAAAUGAAAUUUCAAAUUAUCAUUUAAUAGUUGGUGCGAUUAUAGAUGGAAAUUUGGAAUUGAUAAACCAUUUAUUUACACAACGCAACAGUUUCAACUUUAAAAACUUGGAUGAGAAUGGAAACAGUUUGAUGCACAUUGCGGUCAUUUCGAAACACUUAGAAAUUGUUCGUUAUCUAGCAGAACAUAAUGUUCCUUUGUAUACAGUCAAUAAGGAUGGUGAAACACCGCUUCAUAUAGCUGCAAAAUUUGGACUAUUACGUAUUGUUGACUAUAUUAUUGAUGUGGGAUCAAAUCUACUCAAAUUUGUUGACAAGAAUGGCAAUACACCUUUACAUUUGGCAUGUUUAACGAAGCACCCAGAUGUAGCAUUGUCACUUUGCAAUGCUGAUGGUCCUCUAGAAGUUCGCAAUAAAGAUCGGAAAACGCCUUUGUUGUGCGCUGUAAUCUCUAGUUCAGAGAGUUGUGUGCGUGUUCUUCUGCUAGCUGGUGCAAGGGUUGAUAUUACAGAUGAGGAAGGUAAUACUGCACUUCAUCUUGCUGCUAUUCAAGGAGACUAUCUUAUUGUUAAACUGCUUUCCAAGGCGGUAUCAAAUGUUGAUAUCUUCAACACAUCGGAAUUCACUCCACUUCAUUUGGCAGCUAAAAAUGGACAUUUAAGGACUGUUCGUUGUCUUAUCUUAGCUGGUGCUGAUCCUAGUAUUACAAGUCGUAAUGGUAUAACACCAGAUGUUAUGGCAUAUGCUCAAGGUCAUUCAAAAGUUGGCAUGUUAUUAACAAAAAUGAAACCGGAAAAACGUACAGCUUGGAUUGAACAAUUAAGACAAGGUACACAUCGUAUGCCAAGAAUAAAGCUUAAAUUAUUUGGUUCAAGUCUUGUUGGUAAAACUCAAUUAACACAUUCUCUUUAUACUGGUCCAAUAUCGGCAUAUUUAAAAAAGAAACUAACAGAUUUUGCCGGUUUAACUGGAGAAGUCAGUCCGAAAUCUGGUGUAUAUCGUCAUACUUAUCCAUAUUUGUGGGAUAUAGAAGCGCAACAUGAAAAUUAUACGCAUGGAAUUGAUGUUCAUAUCACCAAUGAAUAUACUCUAUGGGACUUUUCUGGAUUUCCAUCAUAUUAUUGUUUUUAUGAUCAUUUCAUCGGUGAUAUUGAUAGUAUACAUUUAGUGCUAUUUAACUUGAUGGAUUCAUUAGAAUGGAGACGUAGAAGUGUACGAUUCUGGCUUGAUUUUCUUCAUGCUCGUAUACCUGUAAAAGGACCUUUAUUGUUUGGAGGACGACCGACAGAAAUGGCUCGCGUCAUUCUUGUUGGAACUCAUGCAGAUGUGGUUCAAUGUCAAAAAGAUCAAAAUGGAUUUUAUUAUGAUGAAGAGACUUUAUUGUUUUUAAAAGAAAUUAUACUGGAAUACCAAGAUAAGUUAGACAUACACGAAAGUAUUUAUCUGCUCGACGCAAGAGAUGGAACAUCUCUAGAAAUGAAACAACUGAAAACUUACUUGACAGAUGUUCGGAAUAUCAUAAUACAAACACUACCAAGGACAAAUUCUUUAAUGAUCGAUUUAUCAAAUAAAUUGCCAGAAUGGACAGUUAAUGAUAUAUUUCCUAUAUGUAAUUUGGAUGAAUUUGCUGAACGUGUUCAUGAACAUAUUAAUCCCUUGUGUACGGAUGAACAUUUAGUAACUCUUGUUGAACAUUUACAAUGUGCUGGGAAUAUUUUAUAUAUUCAAACCGCUUCACAUAAUACUACUGUAAAUAAUUCAUCGGCAGUUAUCAGUGAAGAUAAUGACAAGUAUUGUUAUUAUAAAGAUGAUUUGAUUGUAUUAAAUCCAAAUCACUUAUGCAAUGAGAUACUAGGUAAAUGUUUCUCUGAACGAUUUCUUCAUCGAACUCGAAUCACUGGAAGUUUUACUCUAGAUGAUAUACAAUUAUUCGUACGUGAACAAGAUACACAAAUUUUACUUAAAUUGCUAGAAUCAUUUGGUUUAUGUGUGUGUUGUAUUGUUAAAGAGCAUCGUCAUUUAAAAUCACGAAAUAAAAAGAAACAUUCAACUGAUUGUUUUGAAUUAUUUGAACAAAUUAGUAGUAGUCCAUUGUCAAGACCGUUGACACCAGAUAUUGAACAAACUGAUCGUAAUGGUAGUAAUUACAACAGCAAUAAUAAUAAUGGUAAUAAUGAUUUAUACUUAAGCAAUAAUACACAAUUUCCAAAAACUAUUGUAUUCGAUAUUUCUAAAUUGAAUAAUUCUUCCAUUGCAAUUGAAGAGAUACAAAUUGAAAUGCCACGUUUAAAUCAAAUCCCAUUAUAUCAUGGUUUAUGGGAUAAUAGUAAUGAUGAGAAUAAAAGAAUGAUAUAUUCUGGUUUACAAUUAAUUACAUCCCCAGGACAAUUUAUACAUUUAAUGCCACGUAUACAAGUACAAUUAAGACGUGAAAUUUCAAUCAAUCGAAAGAAACUUAUUCAAACAAAAUUAUCAAAUGAAUUUAAUAAAUUAAAUUUAAAAGGUCAUCAUAAUAGUAAUCAGAAUAUUAAUAAACAGUUUUAUACAACAUCAGAAUUAUAUUUAAAUUCAUUAGAUUUUAAUUUUAAUAAUAAUAAUAUGACCAAUUCUAUUUAUAAUAAACGAAGAACAAAAGGUUCACAUUCAUGGAAUUUAGUACAGUGGCUUCACGGAUCAAAAAUUACUGAUUCGAAAGGUGAAAUACAAAUAUUUUUAUGUAUUAAUGAAUAUAAACAAGUCCUUGAUAUUUUCUCUAGAUGUCUCCCAUGUCAUAUACACCAAGCAUUUAGUCUUCUUCAUGAAACUGUCCAUUUGAUUACACAGGUAAUUUCAAAAUGUUGUCCAAACUUAGAUCUGGAAUUUAAAUUACUCAAUUCAAACGAUCUAAGCAAACAUUAUAAAAAUCCAAAAGUAUGGGAUUCUAAACAAUUAAUACAAACACUUCUAUUUUUGAUUGCACAAAAUUCUCACAGCUAUAGAACAUCGUUGUGUAGUAUUGACUUACACAAACCAAGAACAUCAGAAAAUGAAAGAAACCAACGCUCAACUGAUGUGAGACAUCUUCUUGAUAAUGAUGACGAUGAUGAUGAUAAUGAUGUCAACAUAGGCGAAGACGAGGGUGAAGAGGAAGAUAAUGACGACGCAUCUUAUGAAGAGAACAUCUUUAAUAACAACAAUAUAAACAACACUAAUAUUAAACGAAGAGAAAAUAGAAAGUCAGAUCAUUCAAUACAUUUACAAAAUCAGUUAAAAAAAGAUUUAUUUUUCAGUAACAAUGAAUUAGCACAAGAAGUAUCUAAUCAUUUAUUAAAUAUACCAUCCUAUCCAUUACCUACUACUGUUUUACAAAAAUUAGCUAAACAAAUCGAUGUUAAUGAACGGGAUCCAUAUAAAUUUAAUACACUUGUACAAUGUUUAUGUUAUCCAGAAAUGAUCAAUUUAAUUACUCAAUGGAAUCAAGGUAUUUGUUUAUGGAGUACAUUAAGUCCAACAGUAAUAUUAUUACAUUUUGCUAGUAAAUAUCCUAUACGAUUUUUAGAAUGGGCAUUAUUAUCAAGUUAUGGUAUGAAUAUUGUAAAAUUAUUAUAUACUUCAUAUAUUCUAUUGAAUUUCAGUCAAACUAUAUUCAAAGAAUCAUCAAUGAAAUCAUUAAACAAAGAUAAUAAUGAUGAUGAUAAUACAAGAGAAAUGAACUAUUCAAAUCAUUUAAUAAAAUCUAUACGUUCUUCAUCUACACCACGUAAUAGUCAAAUGUAACAAACAAUAAAAGUGGAAUAUACAAAUCGGAAGAGAUUUACUUAUUAACUUUGUUUAUCUUACUUAGAAAGAUGCUUCUUUACAGUUUACUUCAAAUUUCACCAUAAAAUAAUAAUAAUAAUAUCAAUACAUUUUCUUUCCUUCCGAUUUCCUCAUUUUAUCAUUAUUAUUUGUGUGUAUUGCUUUGUUUUGUUUUUUAAUUUCUUGUUUUUAUUAUUAAAAUAUGAUUUUACAACGAAAAUAAAAAAGAAGAACAAUAAGAAUAACAAACUCAUUUACAUCAAUUAAAAAUAAGUAAUUUACUUAUAAGUAACCUUUAACGACAGUUCGUGAAAUCCAACUAAUGAUUCACUAGUAAGUAAUCAUAUCGAGAUUCAUAUGUAAUCUUGUAAUCUGAUCGAUAAAAGAACUAGAACUCUUUAAGAGAUUUACUAUUUUUAAUGACGGAAUGAAAUAUAACAUCAUAGGUAACUUGAGACUUUUGAAUUUUAUGAAUUCGAAUUCAAGUUUACUACUGCAUAACUUACUUGUUUAAUCAAUAAAAAUAAGAUGAGUGUUUCGGUCUUUUUUUUUCUCUAAAACUCGUCAACUGCAUAUAUCUACAUCCAAACGUUUUUUGUUCACACUAAGGUUUAAAU